AUGCAAGACGACAGUUUAGAAUCCUCAGCUUCAAUAUCUCAACUUCUGAGAGAAAGUUAUUUAGCUGAAACUAAACAUCAAGGGAAGAGUGAAAGAAGCAGAUCAGAACCAGCUUCUCAUAAUUUCCAUUACGGCAACGCUUCUGGUGAUUCAGAUGAGGUAGCUGCCCAAGAUGACCUUCCAGACCUUUCUGCUUUUUUGAGCCAAGAAGAGCUAGAUGAAAGUGUAAACCUGGCAAGGCAAGCUAUCGAUCAGAAUCCACUGGACACUAAAUGGGAUGAGCUUCAGGCACAUUCACAGCAUCCCCCAGAUCAGCUGAAAAAUACAGGAAAACACAAACAAAUGGCUCAGUCUACAGCUUUGAAAACAUCAGACAAUGGCCUGCACUCAAACUUUUGUCAGGACCAUGUCAAAAAUACAAAAGGCUCCAAAGGGAGCUCUCAAGAUCCAAAGAAACAACACAUCCCUUCUGAAUCAGAAUCAAAAAAGGAAUUCCUAAACAAGGCAGCAGAUUUUAUUGAGGAGCUCUCGUCACUUUUCAAAGCUCACAACUCUGAAAGAAUAAGACCCCGAACAUGCAAAAACUACAGGAGCAAAAUUGAAUCCAAGAAUAAGCCUGCUCAAAAGGGUUGCUCUAGCCUAUCUAGCACAUCAGAAAACAGAGAAAGGCUUUCCAUGCCAGUACCUCAAGACCUGGAAAACAAAGCAGAGAAAACACUUGAGCAAACAGAUGAUCAACAGGCAGCAAACCUGGAAUCCAUCAAUCAAUUAACAAGUGCAGAGCUAAAAACAGAGUCAGAAUCUGCAUCUGUAUAUUCUGAUGAGCCUAUUGGACAACCACCACGCUUUACUCAAAAACUGAAGAGCAGGGAAGUUCCUGAAGGAACCAAAGUGCAAUUGGACUGCAUUGUGGUAGGAAUCCCAACACCUGAAGUCAGGUGGUACUGUGAAGGGAAGGAGCUUGAAAACUCACCAGAUAUUCAAAUUAUCCAGACAGGUGAUCAACACUCAUUGGUUAUUGUUGAAGCUUUUGAGGAGGAUACAGGGCGUUACUCGUGCUUUGCUUCAAACAUCUAUGGAACAGACUCCACUUCUGCAGAGAUUUACAUAGAAGGAGUCUCUUCUUCUGACUCUGAAGGUGAAAUCACCAAAGACGAAAUGGAUCACAAAACAAAGCCAGCUGACACCUCCUUGAAUGCAGCAUCUCCUGCUGUUAGAACUGCAACCAAGCAUCAAGAAACCUCCAAGGUACCACCUGCCUUCGUUCAGCCUGUGUCUGUACCUGUCCAGACUGUGUCAACACCAGUUAAUCAGGCGCAAAGCCCCACUAACUAUUUGCAAGGACUAGAUGGAAGACCUAUAAUUGCUGCUCCUGUAUUUACAAAGAUGUUACAGGAUAUUUCAGCUUCUGAGGGGCAGCUUGUUGUCUUUGAAUGUCGAGUGAAAGGAGCUCCUUCCCCAAAGGUUGAAUGGUAUAGAGAAGGAACACUGAUAGAAGAUUCUCCAGAUUUUAGGAUAUUACAGAAAAAACCACGAUCUAUGGCUGAACCAGAGGAAAUUUGUACUCUCGUUAUUGCUGAAGUAUUUUCAGAAGAUUCUGGCAGUUUCACCUGUACUGCAAGCAAUAAAUAUGGCACGGUAUCUAGUAUAGCUCAUCUAACUGUCAAAGCAACUGAAGACAGUAGUAAUGCUGCUAGCCUUCACACAAUGAGCUCAAUCAACUUAAUUGCUGUUGAACAUCAACCUCCUCCACACACUCCUUCCCAUCGUGUAGUAAAUCAAACCCCCAAACCUAAACUUGAAGGUGUUCUUGUGAAUCACAAUGAACCCAGAUCAAGUUCCAAGAUAGGUCUCCGUGUGCACUUCAAGCUGCCUGAAGAUGAUAAAGGAAGUGAAUCAUCAUCAGAGGAUGGACCUGGUGCUACAAACCAAAUCAGAUCCAACUAUUUCCAAGAGAAGAUAAAUGGACAGCCAAUGAAAAUACCAGAGCCAACAUCACCAUCCAAGGAACCUCCCCCAGUGCUGGCUAAACCAAAGCUCGAUCAAACCCAGUUAAAACAGCUCCACAACCAGGUCUUGCUUGAACAGCAGCAGGUGUAUCAGACAUCUACAAGAGAGUUGUCAUUCAACACAACUUUAUUGAAUUCUGCUGCUUCGCUCCCUCAACAGUCCACCUCAACUCUGUACAAACAAAGCAAAGCCCCUGCUGCACAAGCAUUCAGCUAUCCCCGACCUAAGCAGUUCCUACCAUCACAAACCACACCGCCUAGCAGUUCUUCUUCCAGCUCUUCAGUUACAACAUUCAGCAACGUCCCUCAAGGAACUCAAAGAACAAACAACAAGGAAAAUUUCACAGGAAAUUCGCCAUCUGCCCAAUCAAGGUCUUCAGGAGGGUUUACAAGCAUAAGUGAACAGUCUCUACCAAGCCCUAAAGAAUCAAUGCUGCCUCCACUAACACUUUCUACAUCAAGCGUAAAACAGUUUCAGCCACAGAGUGUGACUCCUGCUCCUAUGUCCCCAACUGGCCGGAUUCAGAAUCCAGUAGCUUUCCUUAGUGCUGUUCUUCCUUCACUUCCUACUGGGCCAUCAACCAAUGCUAUGGGACUGCCUAGAAGUACACCAGCCACCCCGAUCCAGGGAUUAACAAAGAAAAAUCUGAAGCCUCUGCCAUUAGCAACAGAUGAUUCUAUUCGUGAAAAUAAAGCUGCACUUGUAAAGGACCUGGAAAGAAAACUGCAUUUCAGAGAGGAUGUUAAUCAACAAAGUAGUCAGCAGGAAUACAGGAUUUCAAGCUUUGAACAGAGACUGAUGAAUGAAAUAGAAUUUCGCCUUGAACGUACCCCAGUGGAUGAAUCAGACGAUGAAGUCCAACACGAGGAAAUCCCUACAGGCAAAUACAUAGCACCGAUAUUUGAUAAGAGACUCAAGCAUUUUCGGGUAAUGGAAGGAUCUCCUAUUACAUUCACUUGCAAAAUAGUCGGAAUACCUGUUCCCAAGGUAUACUGGUUCAAGGAUGGCAAGCAGAUUUCAAAGAAGAACAAGCAUUUCAAAAUGAACAGGGAAGAAGAUGGAACAUGUUCUUUACAUAUUGAAGCUUCUACUAAUGAUGAUGACGGCAACUACACAAUUAUGGCUGCAAACCCACAAGGGAGAAUCAGUUGUUCAGGACACCUGAUGGUUCAGAGUAUCCCCGUUCGGGGCCGAAUAUCAACAAUUCAGCCUCACAGAACACGACCCCGGGUGCCAGAGGGAGACAAAGAGGCAGUUCAAGAACGCUUUUUCAGGCCAUACUUUCUACAGGCUCCAGGUGACAUGGUAGCACACGAAGGGCGACUUUGUAGGUUGGAUUGUAAGGUGAGUGGGUUACCAACUCCAGAACUGACAUGGCUUCUGAACGGCAAACCUGUGCUACCAGAUGGCACCCACAAGAUGCUGGUCAGAGAGACUGGAGUUCACUCUCUGCUUAUUGAUCCUCUCUCACAAAAUGAUGCUGGAACUUACACUUGCCUUGCCACUAAUAAAACAGGACAAAAUUCAUUCAGUCUGGAACUCACUGUUGUAGCAAAGGAAGUAAAAAAAGCCCCCAUGUUUUUGGAGAAGCUUCAGAACUGUGGUGUUCCUGAAGGGUACCCUGUCAGAUUAGAGUGCAGAGUUGUGGGAAUGCCACCCCCCAUAUUUUACUGGAAGAAGGAUAACGAGACCAUCCCAUCAAACAGAGAGAGGAUGAGUAUGCAUCAAGAUACAACCGGGUAUGCCUGCCUCCUCAUUCAACCUGCCAAGAAAGCAGAUGCUGGCUGGUAUACCUUGUCUGCAAAAAACGAAGCUGGUAUUGUCUCUUGUACUGCUAGACUUGACAUAUACGCUCAGUGGCACCAUCAAAUUCCGCAACCAAUAAAGCUUCGACCUGGUGGCAGCCGGUAUGCAAACCUUACCGGUCAAGGACUCGACAUUUUUUCUGUCUUCCCAACUACUGAAAGCCCUAUGCUGUUUUCAUCCCCAACCCACAAGGUGGUGGAGAGUGAAGAACUUUGAAAAACAAACAAUUGUUCCAGUUACACCUGCAGAGACAGUAGAACUGGGGGGGGGAAGUAGGGGUGGGGAAGAGGUACAAGUCAAGAUGCUCAAGGUUUACAAGCAACUUGUUUGUAAUUAAGUGUACUGCUGCUGCAAAUGUUGCAAGUAACAUAUCAUACGAGACUUUUGCAUAUUAUUUUACUGCAGGAUAAUUGUGGUAUGGAGUGUUGUGCAAUAAAUUCAGUACUGUGUAGUUUGCUAAGAAUUACAUAGUAAACAUAGUUUUCAGCACCUAAAAGCCAAUACCACUAUUACUGCUUGAUUUAAAGCUACAGUACUGUAGCAAGCCGUGUUAAGGACGGAUGAUGUUUAGCUGGAAUACUGCCAGUGAAAAUGUUGACAUUACAAUAACAACAAUCCUGAACGAGGGUAAACAACAAGACUUUGAAUGUAGUUCUAAAAAACAUGCCAGAUAAUCACAAAGCACAAGUUAAAGGGAAAAGAUGUAACUCAUUUUUAUGUUAUUUUGCCAGAUAACCUUAGAAUUUUUGAACUCAAGACUAGAUAAAUAUAGCACUUCAUGUAGGUACAGCUGUAUAUCCUAUAUAUUUAUAUUUUUGUGUGUGUGUACUCCAUGAACUGUGUACUCAUGGUGUAAGGAUUCAUAAAGUAAGGUACAGGGCACGUGCAUAGGACGCUGACAUAGGAAACCAAAAUUCCUGUUGUCUGCUAGAGCCCAUAGCUGAAAUUAUUUUCCAGAUGUGUUUCAUACCUUUUUUCUUUACAAUGUUAGUGAUUCUCUGCCUUUAAACACAGAUAGUAUCAAGCUUGUAACUUCACGGUUUUUGAAUAUCAGUCUCUUUUUCCUAAUUUUUAAUGUGACUAAAAGAAAAGUGCAUCUGCUAUCUAGCUCAUUUUUUAACCAACUGAAAAGGAAUUACGAUCUGGUGGAAUUUAAAUUUUCACCAUCAUUUAGGAAACGAUCACAAGUGUGGUGUCUACUAUAAAGAGAGAGAAAAUUCUGUUGAUAUAAAAAAGUAAUGAAGUUAAGCAACAGUUCUGUGCAAACAGCUAAAAAACCUACUGUAACUAAUAGUAGUAAUAAAUAAGGCAAUUUAAUGAAAGUGCAAUAGAAGGUGUUAAGUGACAACACCACAAUUGAUUUAUUUAGCAUCUAUACGGUUGUGUUAAUACCUCCCAGGACUUACAGUCUGUGAAUAUCUAAGAUUAUUUCCUCAUCUUUCAAUUACUGCUAUCCCUUUUCUUUGGACAUUGUUUUCUAGCAGUUGUUUACUGCUUUCAACAUGGCUGCAGCAUGCAACAAAGUCCUGAUCAAAGUCACAGCGAUGAAGAGAAAACUUUCAUUUUAGACCUUAUUUGGAUUUUUUCAAAUUUAAAAACGUAACUUAAAAAAAUUACAUAUGCAAAGAAAACAAUGAGAAGUUAUCUUAAAAGCAAAAGGAUACUGGAUAUAGCCAGAGACUGAGAAAGAGACAGCCUUUUGUCAGGUUUCCUACAAAUACAGCUUAUGUUGUCUCUAAGUGUUGGUUCCCCAAGGGGUUAGAGGAAGUGAACUUCUUUAGUUAUAAUUCAUUCUUCAGUUACGGAGUGCCCAUCUUAAGACACAUUGUGGGUGUGAUUUUCCAGGACAGAGAACCUCCUGCUCCUCUUAUCUUUCUUAUCUUCACUUGUUUUUAGGAUUGUUUAGGGAUUUCAAAACUAAACCUAGACUAAGUCAGAGUUGGUCAACCCAAAAUUUAAAGUUUCCUGUAUUAGUAACUAUUCUUGGGAAAAAAAUCCAAGAAAAAUUAUUGGAUUUUAUUUAUUUAUUCCAGUGCUGUUGGGAAGUGGGAAGGGAGGAAAUUAAGACAUGAAAGAUCAAAUUCUACUCCUACCAACAGCGCUGGUCUUCCCAUUACUUCAUGCCAGAACUGAAGAGUAGAUCUUGAUACAAAGUACUCCAAGUUGCAUACAAGCCAUCAGGCUUCACAGGUUUAGUCAAGCAAUUGUCUGCUUAGAACUCCCCUGUGGCCCCUUGCCUGGCUUUGAGUGAGGGGUUGGACCAGAUGACCUCCUGAGGUUCCUUCAGACCUAAAUCACUCUAUACUUGCUAAAUUAUUUUACUUUCCACUGCCUGUCUGAACACCCUGUGUGGAUUAAGUUACCUACUGACUGCGCAGAAACUAAGCUCAAGCAAGCACAAACUUUUUCUUUUUUGACUGGGAUAUAUACUAAUAGGCAAUUCUAGCUACAAGAGGGUCACUUUAAUCAGAGUUUAGAAGAAUGUAGUUUAGAAGAAAGGAACACUAGUACUUACUAUUUGCAAGUAUCUGGUUACCAGUGCUGGAAUCACACUUGUUAAUAUUAUUGACAGUGGUAGUGGUCCUCACAUUUUUCAGUAUCAGACAACACACCCAAAAACUCAGUACAAAUUAAAAGACAGUGCACAGAGAAAAUAUGUAAAUCAUAUAUCUUCAGCCUCUUCUCCAUGAUUUCAGCGGAAUGUCUCCAGACUUAUAUCAUUACAACCUGAACUGAAGCAGGGGAUUAAGUGGAAUAAUGUUUUUUUAAAAUGUACAUUCAGUUUUUUGUAAGUGAGAGGACAAGAAGCUACUGUUGAAAGACUUUUCCCAAAAAUCUGUGUGAGGAGGAUUAAUUCUUAUUCAUUCAAGAAGGGGCCCCAGAUGACGGGUAGGCUACAGAGAGAGAUCAACAAAACUGUAAGCUGAACUACAAUAUUCUCUCCUUAGCAGUAUUUACAACCAAAAGGAUCAAAAGUUUGCCCAUCACAUCUCUCCACAUAAUGCAGAAGCCAGUAAUUUCAAUUAUUUUCAGUGCAUCUGAUACAAACAAAAUCAGAAUCUGAUUCCAAAUGGUCUGUAGUCAUUACAUUUUGCUCGUUAAUUGCUACAAACAAAAUCACAAUCUGAUCCCAAAUGGUCUGUAGCUGUUAAAUUUUGCUCAUUAACUGCUACAGGACAUUUCUCUGCAUAUACUGAGCCCAUAAAAAGUAUGUAAGGGAAGCUUAUGUGAAUGGAUGUAAACGCUGUUAAUUAGUAGUAUUGAUGUGCUCAUCACAAAGAAGACUUGCUAGAAAAAGACACAAAAAUUGUGUUUGUUAACUCAUGAAAAAGGCAAGGGGGAAAGGCUUGUGUAAGCAGCAGAGACAACACUAAGUUGUCACAAAACGUGAUGCUGUUUGAGUUCUUGUCCUGUGAUGGACGGCACUAUCUUAUCAUAUGUCAAGAUGCACUAGAGCUUAUGCAACUGUGCUCCUUUCCUGAACAGCUUGGCUGUUCAUUGUUUUUGUUUAAUUGAAUAACCAAUUUCACUUCACACUAACAUAGCGUUUCAUCCUCUUAUUCAGGGCAGGCUACUGUGACAACAAAAAUCAAUGUUAGAACUUCAACUGAAGUCAGCAUUAGUUAUUAGCUUCCAAGGUCCAUUAAAACACCACAAUGUGGAGCAUAGCAUUUUAUCAGUGAGACAGAGAAAUGCUCAGAUUUGUAACCUCUCACUGUUUUCUGAUUCAGAAUCUUGUAGGUUUAUUUAGUUUCCCAUUUCCUUCUAGUUCCAGUUUUGUAUACAAUCACAGAGGCACAGUGUAUUUCAAAGAGCAGAAAUGACAACUUUUGUGCUGCAAUUCUAAAAAGCAAAAGUAUUACCUUUGUUUUAAAAUUCUGGUCCAGCUUGGUGCAAACCUAGUCCUCAGCAGCAUCACAAAGCAGUUUGCAUUGAUAUCAUUGGACUUGUUGCCUUAAAACAGCUUCCAUAUGGAAGGUGGAACACACCUUCUGAAUGUCUCAUGUCUGCUAACAUGAGAAGAUAAGAGCAUACACUGCAAAUACAAAAAGCCAAGUCUGCAGUCUUUAUCUUGAUAUGUAAACAACUGCCAAUCCCAACUGUUUACAGUAAUCAUAGGUACUUCAAAGCAACAAAUCUUGAAUAAGAAUUCCUUUAAGAACUGUGUUCUUAAUGCUACCAGGUUUAAAAGCAUUAUUUUAUGGAAAAUGUCUUUGUACAAAACUACUAGCAAGACCCAACCGAAUAUUUUAACUGUUACAUAUUGGAGAAGUGAUUAAUUGUUAAUUGCCUUACUAUUUCCAAUACAAAGAUAAUCACUUUGAGCCUUAAAAUUCUAUUUUGUAAUUUUUUCUUGAUUAAAGUUGAUAUUUUUUAUUUUUUGAUCCAAAGUCAUUCUCACUGGGAAGAAAAAUGUUAAUGUCAGUUUUGAGUAUAUUUUAAGUGCAUACGAAAGAAAAAAACAAACACCUGCCUGUUCAGUAAUGUAUUUACUUUCGUCUUACCUAAGCCUAAAUAAAUGCUUCAGUGUUGCAUACAAAACUGUGUCCUUCAAGUGUUCAAGUAACUGAAAGUGUGCAACAAGACCAGAGGUUUCCUCAGAGCUUUACUGUGACAGCUGGUUAAUGGAAUCAGACCUUACA